UUUUCAAGGUAGACGCCAUUCGCAGGCAUCACGAAGUGCGAUCGAAUACAAACAUAAAACAUGUUGAAAGAAUUGGUGAAAGAGCGACUAAUGGCGGCGGCAGAUGAAAUAUUGGCGCUGUUUGAAAGAAAAAUUGCGUCCUACGAAGAAGAACUUUCUCGAUUAAGAGAGGAGAACGAGCAACAUCGACAACGACUGGAAGCUGUUAGCAAGACCGGAGUUUUGUUUCAUCGUAAAGACUGUUUAGUGAACAUGGGCCACUAUGCAGCUGGACUAGCCCCCAAACUUGCUGAAGCCCUGCGCCUUUCCAACGUUACUUGGUGGUGUGGAAGAGUCAGAAGAGCCUGCAACGCCCAACAGAUUGGUGGUCGAGAAGAACCUCGCUUCACUUUGAAGCAGGAGGAUGCCCAGCACCCCCACAUUAAAGAGGAAGAGGAGGAAGUGUGGAUCACUCAGGAGGGGGACAAGGCUGAUCUUAUCAAGGUGCCACUGACCAGUGUCUCUGUGAAGACUGAAGACCAUGAAGACAAACCACCCGAGUCCUCACAGCUUCAUCACAGUCUGAAUGAGGAGAACGGAGAGGCGGAGCCUCCAAGCAGCAGCGACUCAGCACAGCACAUGACCACAGAAGCUGGUGGAGACCGCCGUGGAGGAUCCCCAGCAGACAAUCUCUGGGCGCCACUAUCAGAUAGCGAGCACACAACAUCCUGUCCUGCGGAUGAAGAAGCUUUGGACAGGGAUCCAGACUCUGAAGGAGAUAUGAGGACUGCCGCUGACGACAAACUCUGUAAAAAGAAGGCGGGAAAAAAACAGGUCACCUGUUCAAUUUGUGCUAAAAGCUUUUUUGAUACGAGAGAUUUUGCUCGACACAUGAGAUCACACACUGGGGAAACACCAUUUACCUGCUCAGUUUGUGAUAAAAGUUUUACUCUAAAGUGCAAUUUGACUCGACACUUGCGGGAACAUGCAGGAGAAAAAUCUUUUAGUUGCUCAGUUUGUGGCGAUAAAUUUGCUCAGAGGUCAACGUUGGUGCGACACAUGACGACACACACCAGAGAGAAACCUUUUAGUUGUUCAGUUUGUGACGAACGAUUCUCCCGUAAGUCAUACCUUGUGUCACACAUGACAACACACACUGGAGAAAAACCUUUCAGUUGCUCAGUUUGUGGUAGACAAUUCUCCCAAAGCUCAACUAUGGUAUCACACAUGAGGACACACACUGGAGAAAAACCUUUCAGUUGCUCAGUUUGUAGUAAACGAUUCUCCCAAAGCUCAACUAUGGCAUCACAUAUGAGGACACACAGUGGAGAAAAACCAUUUAGUUGCUCUGUUUGUGAUAAAAAAUUCUCUCGAAAUGCUCACAUGGUGUACCACAUGAGAACACACAGAGGAGAAGGAGGGGGGCCGGGGUCAGCCUCAGAUCAGAAUGAGUUAGAAGAUCAUCGGCCAAUCAGCCCAAACCUCCAGUGGACUUUCUGACAUUCAUCCACAGCAUAGACAGCUCAUGUGAUGAAUGUUGUAUCCUACAGCAGUGUUUUUCAACCUUUUUUGAACCACGGCACAUUUUUUACAUUGGAAAAAUUUUGUGGCACACCACUAACCAAAAAUAUUACAAAAUGACACUGCACAGUAUAUUUAAUUACAAUAUAAUUUCGUAAUUUAUUUGUACUCAGUCAGUGUGAAACCUGGGCCUGUUUAGAUGAACACAAAGCCGAUAUCCGAGCAGGAAUGGGAGAAAGACACACACACGAAGCUCUUCUUCAACAGCUCUCAGUCUCUCUCUGUUUUUAGUUUUUAUACUAGCAGUUAGGCUUGAAAAGCUCAGCUCACACAGAUAUGUUGUGGAAAAUGGGAGCAAUGUCAGAACAGCUUUGUUGGCCAGAAUGGGGAACUCCUUUGCAGCAGUCAACCAAAAACUGUCCAAAGGAAGAUCAGAAAAUCUUAGUUUUACAGGCAGGUAGUAUUAAUGUCUCUGCCACAGUGUGCGACUUUUUGGAUUUAGCAACGAGUUCGGCAACUAGGUAACUAGCUUUGAGCGCUUUCUCAUUUACCUUUUGUGGUUCUUCUCAUAAACGUUGCCUGUUUCGCUGUGUUAACACGCUGGCGAACAAAAUAGUCCAUUGGCUUGUUUUGAAGCGACGGGUGUCUUCGUUUGGAGAUGGCGUUUAAGCUUGCUUGGCACCAUGGCGCUGUUGGAUAGCUUCUCGCCACAUACCAGGCACAAUGGAAUAGGUGUUGUCUCAUCCCCGGUGACGGUAAAUCCAAACGAAAGAUAGCUUUCACUAUAUUGCCUUGAGCUCACCGUCUUUGCUUUCUUUUUCCCACCACUCAUACUAGGACCUUCCUCCGGGUCAGAAUCUUGUCCAGGGCCCAGUUCGGAGUUUGCAGUUGUCCUUUUUAAAAACUUCUCCAUGACUCACCACGACUUCUCAAGUGCAUCACUAAUUCUGUUGGAGGAACGAGCCAAUCAGCUCCGUGUUGCCACACGGACGAAUAUUACAUUACUCUGCCAGUCUUUACAGCACGGACACUCGACAAUGACAUACUAUUUGUAGAAAAUGAUUAAUAAAUAUUAUUCAUUCAUUCAUUCAUUUUCUACCGCUUUAUAAAAAAAAAAGUGAUACUGGAUAAUUUCUCACGGCACACCUGACGAUCUCUCACGGCACACUAGUGUGCCGCGGCACAGUGGUUGAAAAUCACUGUCCUACAGUAUUGCUAGCAGAGAAUAUGAGUUGUAAGUAGAAGUGUGGGGUGAAAGUAACAUUGGCCUGGGUUAUGUGUACAGUGUGUUUCUUUGACCGGUUCUUAUUCUAUCAUAUUGUUUUUAUUCCAUUGAUAUUAUUAUUAUUCCUAUUUAUACAGGACAUUCAGAAAGUAUUCACAGCACUGUGUUUUUUCCCACAUUUGUUUGUGUCACAGCCUUAUUCCAAAAUGGAUUAAAUUCAUA